AUAUUGCUUGCCAGUUUGAUCAAACACUACUCACACAAUACAUACUACUCAAAACCCCGUUUCUUCAUCUUUGAUUGCUUCUUCUUGAUUAGGGUUGAUUUCAUUCUUGAUCAUCACAAGUAGUGCUGCUGCUACUACAGCACAAUGACAAUGAGUGAGAGUACAGGAUCAAGGCAGUACCAACACCAAGUUUUUGAUGUCUCCAUCAACGUGCCGAAUCAGGGUGGAUCCAAGUGUUAUGAUGAUGAUGGACGGCUCAAGAGAACUGGAACUGUAUGGACUGCAAGUGCUCAUAUCAUAACAGCUGUGAUUGGGUCUGGAGUUCUGUCCUUGGCUUGGGCUGUGGCUCAGUUGGGAUGGAUUGCUGGACCAACUGUGAUGUUCUUGUUCUCAUUUGUGACAUACUACACCUCUGCUCUUCUGUCCACAUGUUACCGGUCCGGUGAUCCUGAUACCGGCAAGAGAAACUACACAUACAUGGAUGCUGUUAGAGCCAACUUGGGUGGGUUCAAGGUUAAACUUUGUGGGGCAAUUCAGUAUGUGAAUCUUUUUGGAGUUGCUAUUGGUUACACCAUUGCUUCAUCUAUAAGCAUGAUGGCGAUUGAGAGGUCUAAUUGCUUCCACUCGAAAGGAGAUAGUAGCCCUUGCAGAGUUUCAAGCAAUCCUUACAUGAUUGCAUUUGGUGUUAUAGAAAUAAUUUUCUCCCAAAUCCCAGAUUUUGAUCAGAUAUGGUGGCUUUCGAUUGUCGCUGCGAUCAUGUCGUUUACGUAUUCCACCAUUGGUUUGGGUCUUGGUGUAGCAAAAGUUGCAGAAAAUGGUAAAAUCAGGGGAAGUCUGACUGGAAUAAGCAUUGGCACAGUCACUGAAACACAAAAGAUAUGGAGAAGCUUCCAAGCUCUUGGAGCCAUAGCUUUUGCCUAUUCCUACUCCCUCAUUCUCAUUGAAAUUCAGGAUACAAUUAAAUCUCCCCCAUCAGAAUACAAGACGAUGAAAAAGGCCACUCUUCUAAGUGUAGCAGUAACAACAGUUUUCUACAUGCUAUGUGGCUGCUUUGGCUAUGCAGCAUUUGGAGACUUAUCCCCUGGAAACCUUCUCACCGGUUUCGGCUUUUACAACCCUUACUGGCUUCUUGACAUUGCCAACGUUGCCAUUGUUGUCCACCUUAUCGGUGCUUACCAAGUUUACUGCCAACCCCUUUUCGCCUUCAUCGAAAAGACUGCAUUAGAAUGGUACCCUGACAGCAAAUUCAUCACUGCAGAGAUCACUAUCCCUAUCCCCGGCAUCAAGCCUUACAAGCUCAACCUUUUCCGACUUAUUUGGAGAACCAUCUUUGUGAUCAUUACAACCAUAAUUUCAAUGCUCAUGCCGUUUUUUAAUGAUGUGGUUGGGAUUCUUGGCGCUCUCGGGUUUUGGCCUCUGACAGUCUAUUUCCCUGUGGAAAUGUACAUUGCGCAGAAGAGAAUCCCCAAAUGGAGUGCAAGAUGGAUGUGCCUCCAAAUUCUGAGUAUGGCUUGUCUUGUUAUAUCUGUUGCUGCUCUUGUUGGUUCCUUUGCUGGAGUUGUUUCUGACCUCAAGGUUUACAAGCCCUUCAAGACCAGUUACUGAUCAUUUGUUUUUGUAUUAUUACCAAUGCUUUUUCAAGAAGAGAAAGAGAAGAAAAACAAAAAACAUUUAGGAAUUUUACAAAUUUUACUUCAUGUUCAUAACAAGCCUAAAAGGGUUGUGGAUUUCACUGUAUCACAAGAGGGAAACAGGGUUGAUGCAUGUAUUUAUGUGGAAUUCAAGAAUCCCCAUAUUUUCCAAUGUAAACUUCAUCUAUUUCUCAGUUGAAAUAGUAGAAAACUCAAUUGAAGUCCUCAAGGACCUGUCUUAUAUAUUGUCCUUUCCAUUCCCUAA